AAUAACUGUUUCAAAUUAAUUCUCAUUGCAUACAGGGUGCACUGCUAAUAUCUGCCUUAGCAUUUGGGUAUAUGCAAUUAAUUGACCAUGUGAACUCUGAACAGCAUGGCUUAAUUUUGUUUGAAUUCAUUUUAAAGCUAAGCUGUAAGGAAGUGUGGCAGAAGAUUUGUGCACAAUAGGAUCUCUCAGUUCUAGGUACACUACCUGAUCUUUUUUUUUGCUGUUAGUGGAGGGAAACAUGUUACCAAAGACCCGAGGAGAGACCCCAUUUCUGCCAUGAGACCAUUUAAAUUAAUCAGAGAGGACCCUAGAUAGACAGCUUGUGAAAUAAUGGCACUUCCUUGGUACUGUACUGGUUAUUCAUGCCUGGCUUAAUUGUUCAAAUAGGUUGUCUGGAGUUAAACCCAGACCCUUAUGAUCAGAAGAAGAAUGCUUUCCUCUGAACCAAGGCUGACACCUACUGCCAAGUUUAUGAAAUAUUAUCCAAUGGCAGACCAAAAUAUGGACAUAUCCUCAACAAUAAAUGAUUUUAUCUCGACCGAUCCAACAGGAUUGAUAUCAUGCUCCUUGGGCACAGGAGGGAUGGACUUCAACAGGAAAAGGAAAGGAAGUUCCACAGAUUAUCAGCUUGAUGGCUUCUCAUUUGAGGACAGUAUGGACACAGACAAAGAAGACCAGCAUAGCAGGAUGGAAUGCACAGACCAACACGGGAGAGUAAAACAUGCCAGAGAGGCCCACAGCCAGAUUGAAAAGCGGCGGCGGGAUAAGAUGAACAGCUUCAUUGAUGAGUUAGCGUCGAUGGUUCCAACAUGCAAUGCCAUAUCCAGGAAACUGGAUAAGCUUACUGUGCUUCGGAUGGCCGUGCAGCACAUGAAGACACUCCGAGGACCUACCAAUGCUUACACAGAAGCUAACUACAAACCUGCCUUUCUGUCAGAUGAUGAGCUGAAACAUCUUAUUCUCAGGGCAGCUGAUGGAUUUCUUUUUGUUGUGGGGUGCGACAGAGGAAAGAUACUUUUUGUGUCUGAAUCAGUCUUCAAAAUCCUCAAUUACAGUCAGACUGAUCUGAUUGGUCAGAGCUUGUUUGAUUACCUUCAUCCAAAGGACAUCGCCAAAGUGAAAGAGCAGCUCUCCUCGUUCGACAGUGCGCCAAGGGAAAGGCUAAUAGAUGCCAAAACUGGCUUGCCGGUGAAGACUGACAUAACUCCUGGACCCACCCGACUGUGUUCAGGAGCAAGGCGCUCCUUCUUCUGCCGGAUGAAGUGCAACAAACCAUCAGUCAAGGUGGAGGACAAGGACUUCUCUUCAAACUGCUCCAAGAAGAAAGCCGACCGCAAAAGCUUCUGCACCAUCCACAGCAGUGGCUACUUGAAGAGUUGGCCCCCCACAAAGAUGGGAUUGGAUGAAGACAACGAAGCUGACAACGAGGGCUGCAACCUGAGCUGCCUUGUGGCCAUUGGCCGUCUACACCCUCACAUCACCCCGCAGCCAGUCAGCAGUGAUAUCACAGUCAAAUCAACAGAGUACGUUUCCCGGCACGCGAUAGAUGGGAAGUUUGUCUUUGUGGAUCAAAGGGCAACGGUGAUUCUAGGAUAUUUGCCGCAAGAGUUGCUAGGAACCUCGUGUUACGAGUACUUCCACCAAGAUGAUAUCGUGCAUCUUGCAGAGUGCCAUCGACAAGUAUUACAGAGCAGAGACAAGUUCACCACCAGCUGCUAUAAGUUCAGGAUAAAGGAAGGUUCCUUCAUCACACUGCGCAGUCACUGGUUCAGUUUCCUGAAUCCAUGGACCAAGGAAGUCGAAUAUAUUGUUUCCAGGAACACAGUUGUCUUUGCCAGCUCUCUGGACAGAGGGGACUCUGCCAAUCUACCGCUCGCCAACACUCCGCCCAGCGUGGACAGCGUGCUGCAGUCUGGAGAAGCUAGUUCAAAGCAUGUUGUCACUGCUGUUCCCGGCAUUCCCGGGGGAACCCGUGCCGGAGCAGGGAAGAUCGGGCGGAUGAUAGCUGAAGAGGUUUUGGAACAACAAAGGAUGAGAGGAUCGUCCUCUUCGAGCUGCAGUUCCAGUCCCCUGAACGUCACCAGCACACCGCCCCCUGACGCAACUUCUCCAAUCGGCAAGAAGAUUAUGAAUGGCACAUCAGACAUGCCUACUACAGGAGGACAGCCUGGGCAAAUGACAGAAGGAACAGGAUAUCUAUACACUGACAACUCUCUACUCAGUGGCAGCUCUCACCUGGGUAUCGGUGAGGAGGAUCGCUCGGUGAGCAGUCCCAGUAACGACGAGGCAGCCAUGGCGGUGAUCAUGAGUCUCCUGGAGGCCGAUGCUGGGCUUGGCGGUCCGGUUGAUUUCAGCGACUUACCUUGGCCCCUCUGAUCAUCCCCAUGCCGACAGCUUGCGGAGCUCGACUUGGACUGAUUCGCAGAACACUGAAUGUGGAUGGAGCUGCUCUUGGCUGCUAAGUGUGCGUGUUGUGUUUGCCUACAUGUUGCACAGAGCUGAAACUGUUGUAUCUGGAUCCCACAGGACACAUACCCUGUCUUUGCAUCAUCCUCGAUAAAACUGGCAUUGAACUUGCUCAGUUAUCAGCUACUGAUGUGUACGGAGGACAUUUUAAGCUUUGCACAAUUAUAUUUUUGUGGCUUUCUGAAAUCUAAUUCAAAGAGUGUUCUUCUGCAAAACUAAAUGUUAAAGUAGGGGUUUAUUUUUGCUUCAUGUUCUAUUUCAGACACAUGUACAGAUAUUUAUCAUCUUAGCUGUGAAAUGUUGCUUUAAAGCUACAGAGUUUAGUCUGUUUGUACAGUAUUUUAUAGAGGAAUCAUGUAUAAAAGAGAUCGUCAUCUUUUAAACUUAAACUAUUUGUAUAUAUUGUGUAAACAGAAUUUGUACCGAUACUUCUCUAACCUCUUGCCCCAUCCCAGGUGAGUUUGCUUCAACAGGGAUGUGCUGCUUUCUUUCUGUACAUACAAAACAUUUAAUUUAUUCUCCAAUCUCUUCUUUGCUCGAACAUUGGUCUGCUGUUAACAGAUUUAACAUUUUACCUGGAAAUUCACCACUUCUUGUAAGUUGUUUCAAUGUUCUUUAUUGCAUAUUUUUUAAGAAAAGCAGGAUAUAUAAUAAAGCAAACAGAAGCUAUUAUCAGCAUGCUGUGUUUCAACAAAGAACGGGGGAUUAAACAGCCGAGACAUUUGUGCCAGGUUGUUGCAUACGGCAAGAACAUGCAGAGGAAACUCAACAUUACACACCAGCCAUUUUGGAGUAGUGGGUGCAGUACUGGCCACUGUGUUACAGGAAGGAUGGGGAGGCUUUGGAGAGGGUACAGAACUGGUUCACCAGGAUGGAAACUGGUUCAGAAGGUAUUGGUUAUAAGGAAGGGAGACACAAUAGAAGUUUAUAAAAUUAAAAGGGAGUCUGUCAGAAUCUUUUUCCCAGGAUGGAAAUGCCAGAUUAGAGGGCAGAGUUUGUCUGGGGGGGAAAAAGUUUAAAGAUGUGUGGGACAAAUUUUCUUUAAACAGAAAGGUGGGUGCCUGGAAUGCACUGCCAGGGGUGGUGGCGGUGGAGGCAGAUCCGAUAGUGGUGUUUAGAUAGCCACAUAGAUAUGCAGUGAAUCAUAACUCUACACAGUACUUCUUCACAGACUGUAAAAGGAGCAAUAAAUCCACCACCUCCUUCACCCAUCUUGCAAUCUCACCCUGCUGUGAUGCACUGCAGGAUAAACAUGUUAAAUGCAUUGAUAGUGGGUGAUUGUUCAGCAAGUUCAUUUAUGGAGUUAUGAAUUGAUUUAUGGAAUGGCAAGUUUCUGUUGCAUAAGUAUUUAAAAAAAUUAGACUUCAACCUUUUCAUGGGGGGAUGAAUGGAUUGUCCUGCAUUAUAACAGUACUUCUUUAGCUCUUUGGUAGAACAGCCAAAGUGUUGACAGCUGCCAUGAAUGGAGACUGCUUUGACGUAGUGACCCUCAGGCAACUUGAUCCUUUGCUUGCUACAAAUUUCCCGCAGGAUAUAGCAGUGUUAGGAUUAUUUUGACAAGCAUAUGGAACUGACAAUUGCUGACAGACAAGCGGAUACUUUGGGACCCGCGUGAUGGAUUUGCGGUUGCGGUGGGACUCCGGGCACCUUCUGCGGGGUGGAAUAGACACAAAGUGCUGGAGUAACUCAGCGGGUAGGCAGUAUCUCUGGAGAAAAAGGAUGGAUCAGGUCUCGACCCUCAACGUUACCCAUCCUUUUUUCCCCCAGAGAUGCCGCAUGAUCCGCUGAAUUACUCCAGCACUCUGUCUAUCUUCCGUUCCACGCAUUCUGCUGGGUGGGAACUGUUUUGUUAGCAAUGCCCGACUGGUUGAGCGAAAUGCCUUGAUUUAACCACACGUUGCCCUUGGCCUAUAACGCCAGGAAUCCACAUUUUUGACUUGUAAAUGAUGUGGCAAACUGUCAGGUUGCAUCAAGCUUGGUUUGGGAAUAGCUCUGUCCAAGCCCGCAAGAAAUUGCAGAGAGUUGUGGAUGUACCCGAGUACAUCACACAGACCCGACUUGCGACUAUCGACUCCAUCUACACUUUACACUGCCUCAGAAAAACAGCCACGAUAAAGACUUGUUCCACCCUGAUCAUUCCUCUUCCUCCCUGCUCCCGUCUGCCAGAUGGUAAGGAAGCAUAUGCCACCGACUCAGGAACAACUUGUACCCCUCCAUUAUCAGGCAACAUUAUCUAGAUG